GUCAAAAAUUUCCCUGCUAGUCGCAAACCCUAGAAGCGGCACAGCUACAGGACACGACUCACCUACCGGAAGAGAGGGAAGGGAGAAAAUGGUGCAGCGGCUGACCUACCGGAAGCGGCACAGCUACGCCACUAGGUCGAACCAGCACCGGGUCGUCAAAACCCCUGGUGGGAAGCUUGUUUACCAGAGCACCAAGAAGAGAGCCAGUGGCCCCAAGUGCCCUGUCACCGGCAAGAGGAUUCAGGGGAUUCCUCACUUGAGGCCUGCUGAAUACAAGAGGUCAAGAUUACCUAGGAAUCGCCGAACUGUGAACCGUGCAUAUGGUGGAGUUUUGUCUGGAGGAGCUGUCAGAGAGAGGAUCAUCCGUGCCUUUUUGGUGGAAGAGCAAAAGAUCGUGAAGAAAGUCUUGAAGAUGCAGAAGGCCAAGGAAAAGCUCGCCGGCAAGAGCUAAAGUGGAAUGACAGAUUCAGCAUGAUCUGAGAGUAAUUUUGGCUCUUCCUUAAUGGAUCGAUCUUUGAAAGUAAUGUGAGGUGUUGGGAUGGAUUAUUGGCUGGUUUGGAGCGUUCCGUCAAGUACUUUCACUUUGUCGACUAGUCCACUUUCGCUCAGGUUUUGUUUUCUUUCCAUUGAAUUGCUUGUCUGAUGGAUACUGUGAAACAUCUUUAUGAAGUUUAUAUCAUGUUAUAUUAGAUCCACUUCCUUGAAA